AGGGCCGAGUUCUCGUGUGAAAGAGUACUUCCGACAUCGGGUGUCACACUUUUGUGAAUAAUCAAAGCGAACAAAGAUACUAAGCUUCUUCCUUUGGCUUCACAAGUGAAUAGGCGCAAUGGCUGCCUCUGUCGAACUUGGCACUUGUGUACUGUGAGACGCUGGACAGAAAACGUUCUUUUCUUAGGAUUGUCUCCCCUCCCCAAGAGACAUCGCUGUGAUCAUUCUAAGAGGAGAAGCAUGAACGUGCAGCAGAUACUGGAAAGCUUGGAUCUGGGAGAGCAGGAGCGUGUUCAAGCAGAGCUUGUCUUGUAUAACAAAGAGAAUUCAGAAUGCUUCUUCUUCAGUACUGAAGAAAGGGAGAAACGAAAGAAGCUGAGUCAAGCCCUCAUAAAGUUCUUGGCUGUAGAUCUACAACCAUCUUGUCAACUAAUUUGUCUAGAAACAAUUCGAAUUUUGUCAAGAGAUCGACAUGCAGUGGGGCCCUUAUCCACAGAAGAGGCGAUCAGUACCUUGGCUGGUUAUGCAGGGAUUCAUUCCAAGACAGAGCAUGCCAGUCCAGAAAAAGAACAGUCAAGUGCAUCUAUUUUGAAAUUCAACUUGAGGGAUAUGGAAAUCAACUCAGAAGCUGUUAAAGCGAUUUGCAACAUUGUGUACAACAGCUUGGCCGCACAGGAUCAUGCAGCAAACCUCAGGUUACUGUCAGGUCUGGCUGUGAGGUUAAAGAUCAGUACUGAAACAGGAGCUUCCCCUAGAGGCCUAUUUUAUGAUUUACGCCUCAUGUUUUUAUUAACUGCACUAAGGCCAGAGCUCAGAGUUCAACUGGCCAAAGAGGAUCGUGGGAUUGCUCUGCUAACAGAUCUGCUGGAAAGCACACUAAAACCACGAUGGGGUGACAUCUUUGAAGUGCUUACUGACAAAGCAGCACCUCCUCUUAGCCAUGAUGUAUCUGAGAGGGCUAUGGAGAUCCUAAAGAUUUUGUUCAACAUCACCUUUAAUAUCAACAAAGGGGUAGUGGAUGAGGAGGAUGCAGCUUUAUAUCGCCACCUAGCAGCCAUCUUACGCCAUUGCCUCCUAAUCCAGUGUGAAGAGGAAGACCGGACAGAAGAACUACAAGGGCAUGCAGUAAACCUCCUUGCCAACCUUCCCUUGGGGUGCCUUGAUGUUCUGUUGGCUGCCCGUGUUGGUCAUAACACAGUGGAGUAUCUGGAUAUAAACAUGGACUGUGUGGUAGCACUCCUCGGAUUUCUGAAUCGGAGAUUAGAUAGAGCCCAAAAGCUAAAGGAGAGAGUAACUCCAGUACUAAAUCUGCUAACAGAAAGUGCCAGAGUCCACAGAGAGACAAGGAAAUUUUUGAGAAUGAAGAUCUUGCCCCCUCUGAGAGAUGUGCACACCCGCCCUGAGGUGGGCUCUACUCUGCGAAACAAGUUGGUGAGGCUUAUGACUCAUGUGGACACUGAUGUCAAGCAAUGUGCUGCUGAACUACUCUUUGUCCUUUGUAAGGAGAAUGUAUCUCGCUUUGUCAAGUAUACUGGCUAUGGCAAUGCAGCUGGUCUCCUAGCUGCUCGUGGGCUGCUAGCAGGUGGUAGAGGAGAAGGCGUGUACUCGGAUGAAGAGGAGGACACAGACACCGAGGAAUAUUUGGAAUCUCGAAAUAGGAUCAACCCUGUCACUGGCCGAGUUGAGAUGCCUCAACCUAAUCCCAUGGAGGGAAUGACUGAGGAGCAAAAGGAAAUGGAAGCCUUGAAACUGGUCAGCAUGUUUGACCGUCUGUCCAGGGAGCAGAUUAUAGAACCUUUUGGAGUCACAGUUGAUGGUCGACUAGCACGUCUGAAAGAUACAAUGACAGACAAUGCAAUGCAGGAGUUGGAAAAUGAAGAAGAUGAAGAAGAAGAGGAGGACCCGCAAGCCAAGCUGGAGCAUUCUGAAGAGCCCCUGUGAACUCUGAGCUAAAAAGGGGGAGAGAGAGGAAAAAAAAUGUGAAGCGCGAAAGUAAAUACAAAAUUCUAUUACAGUCCUUAUUAAGAGGAUUUGAUUACAAGUGGCACUUUUUGAUUGUAGCUUUGUACACUUCUGGUACAUUGGUGCCCAUCUUAUGUAAGCCAUUUCCUGCAAAGCUACCAGCCUAGUAGGUUGAUGAGAGUCAUGCAGAUGUGUUAAUUAUAGGAAGAAUUUUUAGAGCUGCAUCCUACUUUUAGCCAAAAGCACAAUAGGAGUGUCUUUUCUGGGAUAGCAGGGUUAAAUAAAAUAUACUGAAAAAAGACUGGCUGACUAUGGUGGCGAGGAGAUUGGUUUGGUUGGAGGAAAAAUUAUAUAAGGCUUAAUAAUAGAUGGAAUGUCCUUAGAUUACUGAACAGUAAUUUUGAAAUUUGCAGACUCUAUGAUAUUUUUAUGAAUAGACAAUUAACAUAUUGUCCUUUAAUAAAGUGUGGCAAAUAAUUAAAAUAAAUGUUAUUUUAUUAAGUGCACUACAUCUGUCAUCCUGUAUUGUCACAUUAUUCUCUACCAUAUCAAAAAACCCUGGCGGCUGAUGAUGAGUUCAUUUAAUUUGUUUGUUAGUUCUUAAAUUAAUUCAUAACAAACAUUUCCUUUUGGUUUGAUUCUGCCUAUACCCGUAGCUGCUUUUGCAUAGACACUAAACAUAUGUAUUCUAGAGUUAAGGCUAUGUCACAAUGUAUGACGUUUCCAGUGAUUUUUAGGCUUAGACUUUAUUUACAUAAUCUUAGUGGUUCAGAGGCAGUUGGUUACAUGCUGUCCUGUGGCUGCCAGUCAUCUAUUCUGACAUCCCAGCAGCACACGCCAACCUGUCUGCCACUCACCCUCAGAAUAUCAGACAUGUUUGAUUUUUGUCUUAAGUUUUAUGGACAGGCCCAGUGUGCAUGAGAGCUGACAACCAGUGAAGAGUCAGCCAGAAGUAUAAUGCAUGUGAUGCUGCUACGAGGAAGAAUAAGGAACACCAAUGCUUUUAACAUCAAAAAUCUUACGUUUUAUGUGGCAUAACAAA